GAAGAUGUCGCCGUCGGCCGGCCGCAGCUCUGACAGAGCCGGAGUCGCGGGGGCCACCCAAGCCAGCGGUGGCUGCGGGCCGAGGCCGGUGGAGGGGAGCCCGGUUAGUCCCUUCCAGGGCAGGGCUCAGUCUGGGCGCGCGGCCCCGGCGGCGUGUGAUCCGUCCCCGGCCGGCCGCUGCCCUGGGCGUCUGUAAGUGUUCACGGGGCACGAGGGCCCCGCACCGUCCUCCUGGGGGAGGCUCUCCGCCUGGGGCCUUGGGAAGGCCGCAUUUUUCCUCGAAAGCAACAUCUCCGCAGAAAGGGGCGUGUUCGAGGGCUCUGUUGGCGGUAGCGAGGGGGAGAAGCAGAGCCGCUGCUGUCGCUUUGCAGUGCCUGUAGGACUUCGCGGGCCCGGAGCCCCGGACGGUUCCCCGAAGAGCGCCCCAGCUUCCUCGUAUCCGGGAUACAGUUCUUGCCCCCUUUCCUAAUUCUGAAAUAAAACAGAAAGAGACUGUCAUUGGGGGAAGCCACCUGGUCCGUUCGGCCAUGAAGGCAGAGUCAGCGCUCCCGUUCCCAGAGACCCCAGCUGGGCCCAGCUCUAACCUCAGUAAUCUGUUGAGUGGCCGGAAGCUGAUGGCUGUGGGGGCGUUGCUCGGCUGGCUCCUGGUCAUACACCUUCUGGUCAAUGUGUGGCUUCUCUGCCUUCUGUGUGCAUUGCUCGUGGUGCUGGGAGGAUGGUUGGGCCCCAGCGCCAUUGUGGGGGCUUCAGGUCGACUGCACCUGGAACGCUUUAUCCCUAUGACCACCUGUCCUCCGUGCCCUGAGGCAGAAAGACAGCUGGAACAGGAGAUCAAUUGCACCAUCCAGAUGAUUAUUCGGGAUUUUGUGGUAUCCUGGUAUCGUUCAGUGAGCCAGGAGCCAGCCUUUGAGGAAGAGAUGGAGGCGGCCAUGAAAGGGUUGGUCCAGGAACUUCGAAGAAGGAUGGGCCUGGUAAACAGUCAUGCUCUUGCCCAGAGGAUUCUCACUCUCUGUGGUUGUCACCUGCAGAGCUACCUUCACGCAAAGGAGGCCACUGCAGGGAAGCAGAGUGAUCCAGUUGAGCCCUCCCAGUUCUGGGAGGCUUACUGCCUGACUAGCGCCCCUCAUCCUGCUGUGCACAGCCCCAGUGCUGAGGUCAUCUAUACUCGUGGCAUUGUGAAUGUGUUGCUUCAAGGGCUAGUGCCCAAGCCCCACUUGGAGACUCGGACUGGACGCCACGUGGUGGUUGAACUCAUUACUUGCAAUGUAAUCUUGCCAUUGAUCAGCAAACUCUCAGAUCCUGACUGGAUCCAUCUUAUACUUGUGGGUAUCUUUUCCAGGGCCAGAAAUGAUCCAGCACAAGUGUAUAAACCACUCUGCCCAGCUAGUGCCCUGGAACAGCCCUCAGUGCCCACUUCUCUGCCACUGAUUGUUGAGGUAGAGAGUCUGCCAGAAAGAAGAGCCCCUUCUCCAGUACCAGCCUCGGUGUUCCUAAACUUCAGUGAGCCAGAGGGGCCUUUAGGCCCCUCUCCAGAGGUAGAAGAAGGCCAUGGAGCUGUAGCGGGAAAUUCGGGUGGGAUGCCUGAAGAAAAAAGAGUAGGAAGCAACUCAUCUCAUUUCCUACAGCCAGAUAUUCGAGGCCCUCUUUUCUUAUGUGAAGACUCAGAGCUGGAGUCUCCACUCUCUGAACUGGGCAAAGAAACUAUCAUGUUCAUGACCCCAGGCAACUUUCUCUCUCACAGGAUUCAGGAUGCCCUCUGUGCCCUAGAGGGUUCCCAGGCUCUGGAGCCUAAGGACGGUGAGGGAUCCGAAGGCACUGAAGGAGCAGAGGCUGAGGAAGGUCCAGGGACAGAAACAGAGACAGGACUGCUGGUCUCCAUGCUGAACUCCUGCCCAGAGAUCCAGAUUGACACAGCAGACAAGGAGGUAGAUCAAGGAGAUGUCACCUCUCUUACAGCUUUGCUGGAGGCACCAGAAAAAACUUACCACCAACGACCCUCAUGCUUAGAGAAGGAUCUUGCCAAUGGCGUGAGCUCCCUCGAUCCUAGUCUGCCUCCAGUUCUGCUUUCGUCCUCUCCACCCGGUCCUCUCAGCUCAGCCACCUUCAGCUUUGAGCCCCUGAGCAGUCCAGAUGGCCCAGUUGUCAUCCAGAAUCUUCGUAUCACUGGGACCAUUACUGCCCGAGAGCACAGUGGCACUGGAUUCCACCCAUACACGCUCUACACUGUGAAGUAUGAGACAGCCCUUAACAGUGAGAACAGCAGCGGCCUGCAGCAGUUGGCCUACCACACUGUGAACCGCCGCUACCGGGAGUUCUUGAAUCUGCAGACCCGUCUGGAGGAGAAGCCAGAUCUACGAAAGUUCAUCAAAAAUGUGAAGGGUCCUAAAAAACUCUUCCCAGACCUUCCAUUUGGAAACAUGGAUAGUGACAGAGUAGAAGCACGUAAGAGCCUCCUGGAAUCAUUCUUAAAGCAACUCUGUGCCAUUCCUGAAAUCGCUAACAGUGAGGAGGUGCAGGAGUUUCUUGCUCUGAACACAGAUGCUCGUAUUGCCUUUGUCAAGAAACCGUUCAUGGUCUCUAGAAUAGACAAGAUGGUGGUGAGUGCUAUUGUGGAUACCUUGAAGACUGCAUUUCCUCGCUCUGAACCCCAGAGCCCCACAGAGGAGUUGAGUGAGGCCGAGACCGAAAGCAAACCCCAGACAGAAGGCAAGAAGGCUAGCAAGUCCAGACUGAGGUUCUCAUCCAGUAAAAUUGCUCCAGCACUGAGUGUGACUGAAGCACAUGACAGGAUUCUCUAUUGUCUCCAAGAAGGAAAUGUGGAAUCAGAGAUUCUAUCCAUGUCUGGGAUGGAAUCCUUUAUUGACAAACAGACAAAGUUACUGGAAAUGCAGCCAGCAGAAGCCCCAGAAAAAGCUACUGAACAAAUCCCCAGAGAAAAUGUGGACAGUUGCUUGUCAGAUGCAGCCAUGCCAGCCCAAGAUCUAAGUAACAGUGAUCCAGGGACGGAGACAGAGUUAGCUGACACAGCCCUGGAUCUGCUUCUCUUGCUGCUAACAGAACAGUGGAAAUGGCUGUGUACCAAAAACAUGCAGAAAUUUCUUCGUGUUAUCUUCGGGACCCUAGUUCAGAGGUGGCUAGAGGUUCAGGUAGCUAAUCUAACAUGUCCACAGCGCUGGGUGCAGUACCUCCGGCUUCUUCAGGAAUCCAUCUGGCCUGGUGGAGUUUUGCCUAAGUUUCCGCGGCCUGUAAGGACCCAAGAACAGAAGGUGGCUACUAAGAAACAGGCUUUGCAGAGCCUGAUGGGAGUCCUACCAGAUUUUGUUGUAGAAAUCCUUGGGGUGAAUAAAUGCCAGCUGAGCUGGGGUCUAGUCUUGGAGUCACUGCAGCAACCCCUCAUCAACAGGCAUUUGAUUUACUGCCUUGGGGACAUCAUCCUAGAAUUCUUGGAUCUCAGUGCCUCUGUUGAGGAGUCUGCCACAGCCACUUCUGCCUCAGAUACCCCAGGCAAUCUGAAGAGGAUUGGUGUCUCUGCUUAGCUAUAGGUUAUUUACACUUUCUUCCAAGGUUAGGGAAGGAGAGUUACUUAGCCACCCAGAGACUAGUCAGGAAGCUUAUGCCCUCUGUAAGUAGGCUAUUGCUCAGAAGGCCUGGGGUUUCAUGGCUCUAUUCUCUCCCCAGUUCUACUCCAUUUCUAGUGAGUAAAGGGGAUACAUGUACCAAUUGCAUGCAUAUCCAUUUCCAUAUCUUUUUUGUGGUAUUUGGAUUGUGACUGGUGGGUGGAUCCUGUUUCCUUUGGAAAAGGAAGCUGUGAGGUAGCGGAAUGAGCCCCUUUUGCUUCUCCUUUUGUCCUUCCUCCUAAGAUUGUUUGCCAGAAACCUAGCCCUUUGCACACAUGUGCCUAAUCCACCAACACACAGGCUCUGGAUAGAACUGGAAAAAGAAACUAUAGCCAGCUUUCCUUGGAGAAGAAAACAGUUUUCUGAGCAGUGUAUUCCCACCUGGAAACUAAAAUUUCAUUCAGGGCCACUCUUGAAAACCAGACCCCUGGGUCCUGCUUAGUGUCCCAACAAUUCCAGAAGAAGAGGGAGGAAAAGAUUUCUUGAGGGAUUUCUUGCUCAUUGGCUGUUUUCCAGCACAUCAGCCUUAUGGAGGAUGUCAUAAAGGCUGCUUCCCUGGGUGGCUAUACUUUUCCUGUCCAGAAGACUUCAAUGCAGACUGCCAAAGCUUCUGGUAAAUCCACCCCACCCUUUACACCCUUUCCUGAAAGGGAGUUUCACCACAAAUUUUAUUUAUUAGCUUCCUCCCAACCCCCUGCCCAGGAGCAAUUGAGUUUGAUUUUGUGACCUUCCCUCUGUCUUCAACAGAAUCUCACGGUAAGUUGCAUACUGACCCUCAGUUUUCCAAAGAGAAGGGAAAGCACUUGAUCCACAGCUGAGAAUGCCCAAAGAAUAGGAAACCCAGGGAAUGAGGGGCUCUCUCUUCACAGUCUUUGGCAGGGAACCUUUACUCCGAACAAGUACUGUUAGCAAACUUGCAGGGAACAGCUUUUUACUUCCUGUUCCAUAAGGAUCUAAUUAGUAUUUGAGAACACUAGCAAUGAAGGCAAAGGUGCUCUGGCACGCUGCAGGGUUUGUUAGAAAGAUAGGAUGAUUAGAGGAAUUGCUGGUAGAGGCAGGCUGAUGGAAAGUCACGAGGAAAGUGCCGCACACUGAAUGCAUGUGAAUAGCUGGCAAAAGGGGUUUCAAGGGCAUCACAGGGAGACCUUUGCUGACCCCUCCUCCCUUAGUUCCACACUGGCCUGUUAGUGCCCUGCUUUCACUGAAUCAUGAGACCCUCCUGCUUGGAGGAGGGUCUCUGAGAUAGACUGUUGAGAAUGGACUGGGGCUUCAAGAACACGUGUCAAGUUUCUCUUGGACUCAAAGUGGUUUGUGGAAGCAAGUUGUAAAAUCUUUUUGCUUUUUCCCUCCCCUCUGGAGGCUUUUAACCAUAAGUCGGGUUCAGAUAUAAUUGGGAGUCUUAGGUGUGCUAUUCUUGCCAAAAGGCAAGGAGAUGAAUGUCUCAUGGCCCCUUCUAGUUUUAAAAGUUGGUUAUUGCAGUGACUUUAUGGCACCAAAAUUCUCGAAGCAUCUUCCACUCUAGACUUUCACAGGCAGAGGUAGCUUAGCAUCUCUGCCUGUGCCUGCAGCAGUAUGGAUUUGCAGCAGUCCAGCAGACAGAGCUGAUCCUUUAGCUCCUUCCGCGAAGCCCAGGAUGCUAUUCUGGGUAGGUGGGGGUGGGCAGCCCUAUUUUCUGCUACCCUCUCUCCCCAUACUUCCCCCUCAUGUGUACUUAACCACCCAUGUUGUUUUGAAUCUGUUUCCAGUUCUGGCUCAGAUGUGGCACAAAAUCAGUAAAUCGAUAACCAGACACACCAUGAAACCCCUGUGGCUAUAAAUUCUAAGAAUCUUUUGACAGUUACAGCCCAAAGAACUUACUUGUAUUUCAUGUUAUGUAAGAGACCCCACCUCUACUCCACCUGCCCCAAAAAGAUAAGCUGUCCUCAGACCCUCCUUCUACCCAGGAGGGAAAUAAUGGGUAUCACCAAGGAAAUAAUCAACACCCAUCUGGCUUUGAAAACAACCUGCCAAGUUUAAGUAGCAGGUUUAGACAACGAGAGAGAGCAGCAUUUGGGAGAGAGCCACAGGUAUCAGGAAAAGAUACUCCCAGCUGAGACAGUGAUAAAGACAAUGAAAAACUGGGCCUGCACUAACCCAGAAUUUUUUUUUUUUUUUCAUUUAUGUGUGACUAAGUUUUAUUCAUUUAAGCCAGAAUUUUAAUAUUUGAAAUAAGACUAGGGCCCUUGCACUCUUCUUAAUAACCCUUCUGUUAAAAAGAGGAGGGGGAAAUGCAGUGUUCUUUCUGUCAAAUUCUAAAUGUGACUCUUGCCAUUGCUUAUUUGAGUUCAAGAUAACUGUACUUAUUCAUCACAGAUAACCCACAUUUUUAUUUUUAUAUUGUGGAUUAGGCUUAAUAAAACCUAAAAGAAAAAUAUAUUCCAAUAUCUGAGCAUAGAUACAUGUAUAAAUUUUAAAAUUAAUGAAAGCUGCCCCAAUUUCCAGUUUGCAAAUUUCGAGUUUACGAGAUGACUUUUUAUUGUUGUAAAGAAACAUAUGUGAGAUCUAC